AUGAUAUCAAAUGGUACUUUUACAAAGAAACGACAUUCACUAAAUGAAAUAGACUUUAUUCAAACAGCUCGUUUACGAAGUUAUUCUAAUUGGCCUCAUUUUAUUCCUAGUUGUGAAGUUAUGUCAUCGAAUGGUUGGUUCUAUUGUAAUAUUAGUGAUCGAGUUAUUUGUAUAUAUUGUAAAACAAUUUAUCAUAAAUGGAGAAAUACUGAUGAUCCUUAUGAAGUUCAUGCCAGACUUGCACCUAAAUGUCCUUUUGUUUUAUCAAUACCAUCGCCAUCAAAUGAACUCCCUCCAUUAAUUACUCAUAAUCUUCAAGGAAAUUUUCAACCACGUCAUACAACAAUGUGUGAAAUAUCUCGACGACAAGAAACAUUUAAUAAUAAUACUUGGACACAAAUUUCACUGAAUGUUAAUAAUUUAACAGAAGCUGGAUUUUUUUAUUCUGGUGUUGGAAGUACGGUAACUUGUUUUUAUUGUGGUGGAUCAUUACAUAAAUGGGGUAUCAAUGAUAAUCCAAAAAUUGAACAUGCUAGAUGGUUUCCUAAUUGUCUUUAUGCUAAACAUUUAUGUGGUGAUUAUCUUCAUGCUAAAAUUCAAAUGAAAAAAAAACAACUUAUAAUAGAAAAAAAUAAUAUUGAUAAAGAAAAUCUUAUGCGUCUUGUUAAUGCAAGACUUGAUCUACCUAUUACUCAACGUCUUUGUACACAAUAUCGACCUUCUAUUAUUAAAAGAUGUUUUGAACAACAAUGGAAGAUUAAUCAUGAUGAUUUUUCAUCAGAUGAUGAUUUAAUAAUGGCUUGUUUUAUUCUUCAAAAACAAUAUGAUGCUUGUCAAGAAAAUUCGAAUAAUUUAAUAAUUCCUUCACAAAGCCAAAUAUCAAUUAGUUCACUUAAAACAUCAAAGAUAAAAUUAGAAGAGUGUAGUGUAUGUCUUACGCAAGAAAGACAAUUAGUUUGUAUGCCUUGUGGACAUUUAUGUACUUGUGUACCUUGUGGAUACAGUCUUCGUUCAUGCCCUAUAUGUAGACAACAAAUUCAAUCAUUUGUUCGAAUUUAUUCUUAG